UUGCCAGGCUGUUUCUCUUUCUCCAUUUUUAUACCUUCUUCUCCUUCCCUUCUUCACUCAUUCAACCCAUUCCUCUCUCAAACCUUAGCUUCAUCUCUCUCUCUCGCCAAUCUCGAAUUCGAUCAAAUCAUUGUGAAUCCAAUCUCAAAAAUCAAAUGGAUCCGUGCUCUUUCGUACGGAUCAUAGUCGGUAACUUGACCGUUAGGUUUCCCUCGUCGUCGUCUUCUUCAUCGGAGCCGUCUGUUUCCGGAAUCAACCCUUCGACUCCUAACUGCCACUGCAAAAUCAAACUCAAGAACUUCCCUCGCCAGAUCGCCACCGUUCCGGCUACCUUCCGAACCGAAUCCGAAUCCGAGACUCGUUCCUCCGGUAACAUCUCAACCGUCGCCGCUUGCUUCAGUCUCAGCAAAGCUCAGAUCGAGGCGUCGCUCAAGAAGCCUAAGUGGAGCGUCCUCUCCAUCGAGACUUACUCGCGCCACGGCGAUAACUUCAGCGGCGCGUCGUGCGGACUCGCUUCGGCGGGGGAGAAGCUGCUCGGAAGAUUCGAGGUUUCUCUGGAUUUGAAAUCCGCGGAGACGAAGACGUGUUUGGCGCACAACGGAUGGAUUACUCUGAGGGGGUCUAAAAAGUUCAGAUCCGAUCCGGAGCUCCACGCGACCGUACGGGUCGAACCCGACCCGAGAUUCGUGUUUCGGUUCGACGGAGAGCCGGAGUGCAGCCCUCAGGUAUUCCAAGUGCAAGGGAACACGAAACAAGCCGUUUUCACUUGUAAAUUUGGCGCGAGGAAUUCUAACUCGUGCGAUCGGAAUCAGUUGUUAUGCAGCUCCUCGAUGCGAUCGGAGAAAGAGCAAGAGAGGAAAGGCUGGUCCGUAACGGUCCACGAUCUAUCCGGUUCUCCCGUGGCGAUGGCCUCUAUGGUCACGCCUUUCGUACCGUCUCCCGGUUCGAAUCGAGUGAACCGGACGAGUCCCGGCGCGUGGUUAAUUCUCAGACCCGACGGUUGCACGUGGAAGCCGUGGGGGAGAUUGGAGGCGUGGCGCGAAGCUGGUUACUCCUCCGACGCGCUCGGUUACCGUUUCGAGCUCUUCCAAGACGGAAUCGCAACCGCGGUUUCCGCGUCAUCGUCUAUCAGUUUGAAAAAUGGCGGGAGUUUUGUUAUUGAUGUUACUGGCGGGAACGCCACGGCGGCUUCUACGCCUGUGACGAGUCCUCAGGGAAGCUGGGAUCUUGGGUCUGGAUCCAGCGCCGGGUCGAGACCCGCGUCGAGGCCGGGAUCGGGAUCCGGGUCUGAUUUUGGGUAUCUGCUGCCGCAGCAUCCGGCGCAGAGCAGAGGGUUCGUGAUGUCGGCUUCAGUGGAAGGAGUGGGGAAACGGAGUAAACCCGAGGUGGAAGUGGGUGUGAUGCACGUGACGUGCACGGAGGAUGCAGCAGCGCACGUGGCGUUGGCUGCGGCGGUGGAUCUGAGUUUGGACGCUUGCAGGCUCUUCUCUCAGAAGCUAAGGAAAGAGCUGAGACAGCAAAGCCAGCUUGGUGUCGUUUGAUGUGUAUUGCUUUGUCGUUUUACCAAUUCAUGAGUUGUCUUCCACUCACAAAUUUUUUUCUUAAAAAUGUUUGAAUUUUAUUUUUGUAUGGUAGUAGCGUUAGGAAUUAGCCCAACUUUAUAUCUUCAUGUACAGCUAAUGAAUGACAGAAACUUCUUAUAUCUA